CUUUCUUCAUAUCUUACUUGUUCUUUCAAAAGCCCAGAACCCCCCAUCCCAUUUUAGCUGCUUUCUAAACUCUGAUCUCUCUUUUCCAAAUCCUAAGAAUUUAACUCACAAACCGAUCAUGGCUUGUUUAAAGGCCAUCAACCAUUUCCAGAUCCUCUCAUCAUCGAAUUCCACAAAACCGUUAAGUUCAGACGCCAAGAAAGCCAUAUUCACGAAUAAAAGUCUGAACUUUAAUACAAAAUUUUCGUCUAAAACCAGUAGACAUCAAUUAUGCCUUGUGCCCGUCAAAGUUGUGACGAAAGAGGAAAAAGACUUGGUCGCAGCUGAAACUAGUGAAAAGAAUGGUGAGGAUAAAGCAAUUAGUGGUGGAGGAGUGAAGGAAAAGGGCAGGAUACUAUCUACUCUACUGGAGGAUAAAGAAAGGUUGCUGAAUGCUGCUAUUGUACUUGGAGCUGGUACUCUUGCCAUUACCAAGUUGCUCUCCAUUGAUCAUGAAUAUUGGCACGGAUGGACCCUUUAUGAAGUGUUGAAGUAUGCCCCUGGGCACAAUUGGAUUGCAUAUGAAGAAGCUCUUAAAUCCAAUCCUGUUCUGGCUAAAAUGACGAUUAGUGGGAUUGUCUACUCUGUAGGAGAUUGGAUUGCACAAUGUUAUGAAGGGAAACCGCUUUUCAAGUUUGACCGACAGAGGAUAUUUAGAUCAGGUCUUGUUGGUUUCACCCUUCAUGGAUCGCUUUCUCACUACUAUUACCAAUUUUGUGAGGCUCUUUUUCCUUUCAAUGAUUGGUGGGUUGUCCCUGCCAAAGUAGUAGUUGACCAAACUGUCUGGUCUGCAGUUUGGAACAGCAUCUACUAUGUGGUUCUGGGGUUUUUGCGCUCUGAGUCCUCGGCUAGUAUAUUCGAUGAACUGAAGUCAACAUUUUGGCCUAUGUUAACUGCAGGAUGGAAGCUUUGGCCGUUUGCUCAUGUAAUCACCUAUGGCGUGAUUCCAGUAGAGCAAAGACUUCUUUGGGUGGACUGUAUGGAACUUAUUUGGGUCACCAUACUCUCAGGGUUCUCGAAUGAGAAAUCAGAAGCACGGUUGUCUGAAGCAGCAGAAGAUGACUCUAGCUAAGCAUCAAGCAAACUCAAGAGCGGUUUUCUCCCUGGUUGGCCUGGCGCUGUUGCAGAAGGGUUUGUUUCUAAGGUCAUGCUACUUGGAUACGCCAUGAGGAUGCAGUAUAUAUAAAUUUGUAAUCUUUUAUUUAUUUUUUUUGCCCUGCUUCUUCUUAUUAAAAUACCAGAAAAACCAUGUUAAAUAUUCAACAUAGAGUAGUGGCAGGAAAAUUUUCUUGAGUUUGACUCGUUUCUUAUACCAGAUGAUUUUGAAGGAGUGCAGAAUAAUGUUGGAGAUGUAAUCCUAACUAUUCGAACAAGAUAGACUUCCAUUCAAGAAAUUCAGGAUAAAAAUCUAAUUGCAGUAUCCCUGAAUGUUAUUAAAGGUGUAAAAUAUGUUAAUUACAUGCAAGGCAAUUUUGGACA